AUGUCGCCAGGUGAGCACGAUGGCUGUAUACGUACGGCUGGUUACUCUGGCAUCAAACCCAGCAGCUCCAAAAUCCUGGCACAUAUAAGGAUUUCAGGCGGGCGAGUUUCAAUGAGCGAGAGCAGCCUGUCGCAAAUUGAUUGCAAAGCCCCUGUACCCAGCAAUGCCCCCUCCUUCAAGUUGUCAACGAGGUCUGAGAACAUCACGGACCAAUACGAGCUUGACCCUUCACACAACAUCAACCUGAGAAUGCGCCUGCAACUAAAGACAUGCAGUGGUGUUUAUAGACGCCACCUCGCUGAUGUUUUGGUAGGUCCCAUGCCAAUGGUGUCUUGGUGUUGUAAGAGGGCCACUCCUUUUCAGCAGUGCUGGAAGGAAGGGAGUUGUUGA